AUGUCAUGUGGUGUAGUUCUGAGGGAAGCCAAGUCAUGGAAUUCUGUAUCUCGAUCUUGUAGAUGGCUUCAAAUUCCCAUUAGAAUAAUUGUUCGAUAUCUGCGGGCUGGAAAGUAUGAAGAGCUUUUUGUCUCCUGUGCAUUGGUCUACCUCUUCAUCGAUUUUGAAUGCCUUGCUGAUGAGGUUUUGGAGCUUGCAGGAAACGAGGCCAGGGACAAGAAGAGGAACAGGAUUGCGCCUAGGCAUAAACAAUUGGCUGUAAGGAAUGAUGAAGAGUUGAGCAAGCUUUUGGGAAAUGUUAUGCAAAUGGUGGGGGUUCUGACUAACAUUAAUCAGUAUUUGUUGCCAAAGACAGCUGCCAGAAAAGAAAAAGAGAUUGGCUCUGCUUCGCAAUAG